AUGUCUGUUUUUGUAAACUAUGCCGGCCCUAAGCUGGACAAGAAGCAAAAUCAGCUUGUCAGAUUGGCCCCGGCUCCAGACCAAGACACCCCUACAGAAGUCUCCGAGGAAGCUGCCGAGCAGGCCCAGCAUGCGUUGGUCUCACCGCCCACGACCCGAUCCAGCAGACUGGCACUCAAUAGGCGAUGCGAACGCGAUGGGAUCAUUGUUCCAGGGUUGGCAGCGCGAGGCUACCGGCCCGACCCGUACGACCUACGCGGCGCACCCCCGAAAUCAACGCACAUGACGGGCAUCGACGCACGUACAUUCCAGGAUUACCUAUCUCGGUGCGCGUCGUAUUCAUCUUACCUCGACGAGGCGUUUAUUCUCGUUGGAUUUCAGCAGCCGAGUUAUUUCCGCCCUGACAUGUCCAAGUCGGCUUGUAUCUACAUUGGGUGGUUGCUGACGGCCGGUGUUCUGGACGCUGUUCGAGCGUCAAAGGAGAUAUCCUAUCCGUACUACGAGUACCAAGCUGUGAGGGAGUUGCAGAAGUUUAUUGAUGGGGCGGGCACUAGGGAUUUGCAUGAGCUUGUUUAUCCAGUUAUUAUCUUGGGGAUGUUUGAGAUGGUCCGGUUCAAUCCCCACGCCGCAACCCAUCUCGGCGCCGUUGAGCACUUCAUAAAGUCCCGUGGUGGGCUCAAGAAGAUGCCGGACGUCAUGCAGCAUCUCGUUAUUAUGGGAGACGUCCUUGAAUGCGUCUGCCUCGGCACACCCCUGGCCUUCAAUAACCUCGGUCCCUGCCCGACCAUACGUCUCAAGACCACAGUCGGCGUUUUGGCUGGCAACCAUAUCUAUUCUUGCCCCCUUCUUCUUUGCGACGACGAGGACUUUUCCCUCGCAACGCGGUACGUUGAUCAAGCCAUUGUCGUUCAGCUGGUACGCGUCCUCCAGGCUGCCAGCGAUUCAUUCCAUCGGUUCUUUGGCUUGGGCACGCAGAGUCCCUUUCAGGGACUCGACCUAGCUACAGACCUGGAUGCCAUAGCGGACAGUCCGACCGCCACAACUAAUACAUCAGGUCUCUUCUUGAAGACGUGUGCUUUGGCUGCAAGAAUCACACGCAGAACGCUGUCGGAGAGCUUGAAUGGUUUUGAUGACGUUGCCAAUAAGUUUGAUGUUCUGGAGAUUUAUGACAAUGCUCGUUUUCUUGGGCUGAAGGCGUGGAAAGGGCUGCCGUACGUCUAUGUUUGGGUGAAUCUUAUCGGCUUCGCUGCCUCAACGGGCGAGCGAAUGAGAUCGUAUUUCGUCGCCGAGGUUGUACGCUGCGCGUUUAGUUACGGGUGCUACCAGAUGGAGAUUUUUCUAGCUGUGCUGAGAAAUUUCCUCCACCUCCGCAACACUGUCGCCAGUCGUAAGAUUGACCUAGCCUGA